UUGCUCCAUGCCAUUUGCCUCCUACAAACUUGUAUAUUUUCGAAUCCUCCCCUAUACGCCUUGUAGUUAUCUGGUCCUCUGGUCAUACAUAUCCUCGACCUCCAGCCGCCACCAUGGGCACCUUGACGGCUGAUCUGCCUCGUUUGCCCGAGUACUGUGACCAUAAGCUACCAACCUCUUGUCGUCUAUCCUCGAUCCCGAAUUGCUGCGCCUGUGCCGAUGAGCGAGCCCAUCAAUCGAGUUAUUCGACUUAUAUCGAUGGUGUUGGCUUUGUCUCUAGAGGUGCUCGUUGGGAUCGAUACUGCUGGCCUUGCUCUCAAUUCUGGAGAAACAGAGUCGCUCAGACAAAUCUACUCCCCACUCAGACUCGCAUCCCGACGAUACCCGAUCAGUCCGCUUUCCUGGAUCGAUGGUACCAGUUCUAUAAUGGCUACCGCAACGUGCUUCGUUCUGAUGGUACCGAAGAGAGAGUCGCGGUGCUGGGUGAACGCUUCAGGGAUGUCUCGCCCGGUCGCCUUCCUAGGACGCUGGACGAGCUCAGGGCUGGUCAAGAACGAAGUGACGCAGAUCAACUCCAACACGUCAACAUUGUAGUAGACGAGACUCCAGAUGGCCCAUCUUUGGAAGACGCUCUGGAUCAGAUGUUCGAAGAGGCUGAGGAAGAGGAUCAAGAUACAGGACGAGAGCUUGCCCCUAAUCUCAUACACGCUCCCUAUACGUUCAACUCCAACGACAGUCGCAACACGCCUCGUGUCGCAGGUCAGGUCAUGAGAGCUGCUCCUUCGAGAAAUCCUGAAUAUCAGGCUCGCAGGAUCUCUGCUCUCAGGAGGGAACUGCUUCGCAUGAGGAAUGGUAUCGAGCGUGUCAUCUCUGGCCUAAGGGACCUCGGCGAACCUGUGCCCGACCACACAGACACCACUAGUCGCCUCACAGAGAUUGGGAGAUCACUCGACACCAUGUCUUUCAUAGAUGCCUCAACAUCAAUACAUCCGGCUUCGGGGAGUCGUGAACCACGCGCUCCUGUCGUUGGAUCGGUCUAUCGCAACCCUCUUUUGACCAACGUUCAGCAACGCUUCGAUGAGGCCCAACGACAACUUGAACAAGCUCAGAGGUUCCGCGAUCAGUCAUCAGUAGAGUUCCAACUCGCCCACGCUAGCCACAACGAAACUUCGGACAUACUCGAGGGCGCAGAACUUGACUUAACAGAGCACAGAGAGCAAGUCUCUCAACUUCGUCGCGAACAACGUACUGCAGAGAACUAUUCUCGUCUGUUUGGGACACGUGAGGAUAUGGAAAACGCAGGUGCUGAUUAUGAAAGUCCCAUUGGCGGAAUGUUCACACGCGCUUGGGACCGUUUCAGAGUCGCUGAGGGAGUCAGGCAAGACGAGCGCACUCUGCGUCAGGUCUUGGAGAACGAGCAAAUGGCUACCGGACCUCUGUUCUCAAACGACAACGAAGAAGCCAAUCCGGCAGCCAAUACUGUCUAUGAGGAUCGCUUAAAUGAGUACUAUAAUAUGCUUAGGCAACAAGAUUGGGUACAAGAUGUCCGGGCACCUACAGCGGAUCGCGACAUUACUGUUGAUGCGACCCUCCCGCCCAUAGAAGCGACAGUUCCACUCUCGGGCUCUCAGGCAGAUGAGAACUUGGCCGAACCAGCUGCGUCUCAGGAAAUGUCUACCUUGGAGAGACUGCUGCGCAAUACACCCGAGCCUCAACGAAGCUCCAUAAUCGCUCGUAUGGAGGAGAACGGUACGGCUGCUGCUAUUCGAGAGUCUGAUAGUGGUAACUAUAUUGAUGUCUGGAGACGUCUACGCGACGCCUACGCUCCCUUCCGAGGAAACUGGGAAGAGGAAAGCGAAACAUCAGAAGACGAUGAUCGUAUCAAAGGAGGCCUUGAUGCUGAAGACUCUGGACGACCGGAGCCCAAAGAAGAUAUCGACAUGACUCUUAAGCUGGAUUGCAAGAUCUGCUACACGCAGACCGCCGACACCGCAUGUCUUCCUUGUGGACAUCUAGUGAUGUGCCAAUGGUGUAGUGCGCAGCAUUCACCUGUCAUGCAACAUGAUAGAACGAGGCCGCGUAAACCAGCAAACUGCCCGGUUUGUCGUAAGAAGAUUAAACAAAAGCACAGCAUACACCAAGAUCAUUGCCGCUACUGUCGAACCCAGCUUUCCAAAUCUUACCUGGCGACAAGGGUUGCUCUAGGAUCGUUUUUGUCUGCGUUGUUACUUCGAGACCGUCGGUCGGUAUUUAUUCCCGUCCUGCAACCACGAGCAAAAUUGUUCAUACUUCUACAUACCUGUGGAGCAUCAAAACAUGCUUCCAGGGGCGCUCGGCAAUGUUUCCUUCCAGACCAUGGAAGCUUCAUGGAACUCAGCGUGGCGCACUCGGCCGAGCUCCCUGAUUUGUAGACUGGGGAAGGUAAAGCGACUUUAGCCGGGAGAAAUAGUAAGACUCGAAAGACUUAAAAGAGAUGGCGAGAGCCUGUUGAGAGAUUUGAAGAACUACAUCCAAUUCAAACAUCUAGACGAGACAGACAUGAUGGCGAACCAAAAGACAUUGCUUUCUGAGCUUCGUGCUCGUAGUGCUAUCGAUUGUGACACCCUCGACUUGGAAGUCGCAAAGGCAUUGGGUCCAUUCGUCGAUUGUACAUCCAACCAGGUGAGUCAAAC